UACAUCUGCUCCCGGUGCUUUUGGAAGGGUUAACAUAUUAGAAAGAGAAGAAGCUUCCCUGCCCCGGCCAAUCAGCUCCGGGCUCUGCCAGCUAUAAUAUAGCACUAAGGGCAAGCUGCUCUCACAGGCUCCCCAGCCCUGCUUGCUCCCACCAUUACUAUCAAACCUUUUUUUUUUUCCCUUUUUUUAUUUUAUUUUAUUUUUAUUUAUUUUUAUAUUUUAUUUUUUUAACUUUUCCCUCCCUCCCCCUCCCCUUUGCCUGUGAUCCGUGUCUUACGUCUGAACUCCGAUGUGUAGUACGCUGCUAUUUCAGCACCUGCCUGGGAGGCAAUCGGUGGAUACUAUCAGAGGCAGCAGCAGCAGGAGAGAGGCUAUCUAGGCGGAGAUCGCUGCUGAGCUGCGGGAGUCGCUGGCUGCACAUGGACGAGAUGCUGCUGCUGUCACGGAUCCUCUUGCUGGGGCUGAUCAGUGCUCUGGUCGUUCCUCCUAGCCUCACCUGUGGGCCAGGCAGGGGCAUUGGCAAGAGAAGGCACCCCAAAAAGCUGACCCCCUUAGCCUAUAAGCAAUUCAUCCCGAACGUCGCUGAGAAAACCCUGGGAGCUAGCGGGAGAGAUGAAGGAAAGAUCACUAGGAACUCGGAGAGGUUUAAGGAGCUCACCCCAAAUUAUAACUCAGACAUCAUUUUUAAGGACGAGGAGAAUACGGGAGCAGACAGACUCAUGACCCAGAGAUGUAAAGACAAACUGAAUGCCUUGGCUAUCUCAGUGAUGAAUCAGUGGCCCGGGGUGAAAUUGCGGGUGACAGAAGGCUGGGAUGAAGAUGGACACCACUCUGAUGAUUCUUUACACUAUGAAGGGCGAGCAGUGGACAUCACGACGUCCGAUAGGGAACGUAGUAAAUACGGCAUGCUGGCCAGACUGGCGGUAGAGGCUGGAUUUGACUGGGUCUAUUAUGAGUCCAAAGCUCACAUUCACUGUUCUGUUAAAGCAGAAAACUCGGUGGCUGCAAAAUCCGGUGGCUGCUUCCCAGCCAAUGCAACAGUGACCAUGGAGGGCGGCGGCAAUAAGUCAGUAAGAGACCUUAGGCCAGGAGAUCGGGUGCUGGCAGCAGAUGAGGAGGGGAACUUGGUCUACAGCGACUUUCUCACCUUCAUAGAUAAGCAGGAGAGCCUGAAGAUGCUGUUCUAUGUCAUUGAGACAUCCGACCCUAAGGAGAGCAUACGCCUGACAGCAGCUCACCUAGUCUUCUUGUCCCAGAGUCCCACCAAUGCCACCAGGUCCAUCAAGUCUGUCUUUGCCAGUAAUAUACGUCCUGGAGAUAAGGUGUUCAUUGUGGAUCAAGGAAUGAUGGGUCUGAAGGUAGUUAACGUGGAGAGAGUCUACCUUGAGGAAGACACUGGAGCUUAUGCACCCCUAACUUCUCAUGGGACUGUGGUCAUCAAUGGGGUUCUUGCUUCUUGCUAUGCAGUCAUUGAAGAACAUAAUUGGGCACAUGCGGCAUUUGCCCCACUCAGAUUGGCAUUUAAACUUUCCACAAUCCUUUCCCCUACAGACUAUAGCAAACCAUCUUCCACUUCCCUUCAGGGUGAGGGAAUUAACUGGUAUUCACAGACACUUUAUCAGUUAGGAACAUGGAUCUUGGAUAACGAAUCCCUUCACCCGCUGGGAAUGUCAUCGGGAUCCAGUUGAAAUAUCUCCCAGCCAUUACAUUGAGAAAGACAUGGAUUUUUAAUGUAGGACAGUGCAAAGUAGACACUAAAGGAACAGACUCAACCCCCCUCCCCAAUUUUCUGUCAUUGUUGUUAUUAUUAUUAUUGACUGUAUUAUUAUUUUUAUGUUCUUGCAUCACAUUGAACUUUUCUUCAUUUCCUACUGAAUAUUUAUUUGUCUGUUGUUCGAUUAGAUGUUUAAUAUGAACGAAACAUUCGAGAAGCCUUAAUUAGUUUCUUUGGUAAUUUAUUCUCAUGCGAAUCUUUAAUGGAGUCACGAAAGUUCGCUUGGUUGGGUCCAUAGUAACACAACAGAUGCUAUUUUUCUACAUGUGAAUUCAGUCCUAACUUUUAGUACUAUACAGUACAUCACCCUUGUCUGUUCCUCACUAUCCUGACAGGCCUCUAUUGUAGGUGUCCAAAAGGUCUAGCUAGUGCUGGCUGUCACUAAAGUGUUAAAUAAUUGUAAGCAAAGACUUAUCUCAGCGGGGGGGUCAGUAAAUUAUAUUUUUAUACACAGAAUUGUAAAUUAGAUUUUUGUUCAGAGAUCAAUACUUAACUGAAUGGCAUUUCGUUUUUGAAAUAGUGUACAAUACGAGAAUAUAUUAUUUUAAUUUAAAUAGUUUCGCAACGUAACGUUAUCGCUUAUCUAUGUUUUGUCAUUUUUAUGUUUUAAAAUGUUUUUUUUUUCUUUUUGUAUAAACUUGCAUCCGGUCACACUCAUGUAACUUAUAGACUGUUACACGAACUUCCUAUUUUUAUUUUAUUUUGUUUUUAUUUUUACAGUAGGAAUCUUGUAAUUUUAUCCUCAAAGAGUUUAUUAGAAAGUGAUAUUUUUUAAGAAAAUACAAAGCGCACAUAAAUUAGGACCUCCAGUGGAUGAAGACUGUUGAAGAUUUGCAUUAAUAAAUUGAAUAACCGCUGUAAAUUUACUAAAAUGUAUUUUUUGGAAUACUUUGUAACGGCUUUAAUAGUUUUAUAGAAAUAAAGU